AUGGAAAAAUUGGACACAAGGCAUAUCUCAGAGCAGGGCCAGCUCUAUAGGGACCGCUUCCAACAUGUCUUCUACUUCAACUGCAGAGAGCUGGCCAGGCAUAAGGUAAUGAGUCUGGCUGAGCUCACUGGAAAACUCCCAUUAGGCAAAUUCUAUCUCAGCCAGAGCAGCUCCUCUUCAUCUUGGAUGGUGUGGAUGAGCCAGCAUGUCCUAGAGGAUCCAAAUUCUGGGCUCUGUCAGCAUUGGAGUGUGCCACUGCAACUGCCUGAACUGCUGGGUAGUUUGCUGAGGACAACCAUACUUCCGGCUUCCUUUCUCAUUACAACUCGGACCACAGCAGUACAGAACUUCAUUCCUCCUUUGACACAGCCAUGUUGGGUGGAAAUUCUUGGCUUUUCUGAGUCUGGAAGGAAAGAAUACUUCUACAAAUACUUCACAGAUGAAAGGCAAGCAAUUAGAGCCUUUAACUUGGUGUGCUCAAACUCAGCGCUCUUUACCCUGUGUCUCGUGCCCUGGGUCUGCCGGCUGGUCUGCACCUGCCUGAAGCAGCAGAUGGAGCAGGGGGAUGAAUGCCCACUGACCUCUCAGGCCACCACAGCCCUCUGCCUGUACUACCUUUCCCAGGCUUUCCCAGCUCAGCCACGUAAGAUGCAGCUCAGGGCCUUCUGCUUUCUGGCUGCCGAAGGCAUCUGGAGAAGAGAGACCAUGUUCAGGACGUGUGGCCUUGAGAAGCACCAGUUAGGUGAGGCCAUCACCACCACUUUCUUGAAGAUGGGUUUUCUUCAAGAGCACCACAGGUCUUUAACAUGCAGCUUCACUCACAGGCAUUUCCAGGAGUUUUUUGCAGCAGUGUCCUUUGCCUUGGGGAGUGAGGAUGAAAGACAAGAACAUUCCAAUUUCCUCAACUAUAUGGUAAAGUUGCUAGAAGUAUAUGGAAGCCAUGACCUGUUUCGGACACCAACCUUGCACUUUCUGUUUGGCCUUUUAAGCAAGCAGGGGACUAAGCAAACGGAGAAGAUCUUCUCCUGCAGAUUGCCUUCUAAGUGGAAGUGGCAGCUGUUGCAGUGGGCCCUGUCAAAGGCCCCAACACAGUCACCAUACUCUCUGGACUUCUUUCACUGUUUGUAUGAGUCUCGGGAUGAAGAGCUCCUGAAAUUGGCGAUGGCCCGCUUCCAAGGAACAAGUAUGUGUAUCCAGACAAACGUGGAGCUCCUGGAGUUCACUUGCUGUGUUAAAUUCUGUAGCCAUGUGAAGCAGCUUCAGUUGCGUGAUGUCGGACAUCAGGCACAAGCACUGUGGUGCCCUGAGGAAGCUAUGUUGUUUCUAGUUUUUAUGACUGUACACAUGAUGUUGGCCUUGAAGGACCUGCAAAUAGGCACCGCAAGUGGCAGGGGCCUGACAUGGGUCUUUCUGAAGAGCGCUGAGCAGGCAUGGAGGCAGAGGUGGUCCCCACUCACGAAUGCCAUUUGGCAAGUUUUCUGCUCCAUUCUUGGGGACACUAGAAGUCUGAAGGAGCUGGAUCUAAGUGGAAAUCCACUGAGUUUCUUUGCUGUGCAGGGUCUUUGUGAGACCCUGAGAGAACCUCGCUGCUACCUCGAGGCCUUACGGUGAGUCUACCUGGAUUCUCCUCUGGAGCAGAGCUGGGAAGGUGG